AUGGCAGCUGCUACUUGGCUCAAUUCUUCCGCGCUUUCUAACGUUCUCCGCCCCUAUCUCCGCCCUAACUACCGGCGGAUCCACCGGUUCACUUCAACUUCUCCGAUAACUUUCUCCUCCGGCAACUAUAAACCUCCAGAACCGGUGGUUCACUUACGGGCUCGGCGAAACUUAUCUUCCAUGGUCAAAGAAGAUGAAGUAGCUUCUCCUGAUGAUUUGCAUUUUGAGGGGAGGCUCAAAGUAGUGGAAUAUCCAGACCCAAUAUUGAGGGCGAGGAACAAGCGAAUUAAUACCUUUGAUGACAGCUUAAAAAAACUCGUAGACGAAAUGUUUGAUGUAAUGUAUAGCACUGAUGGCAUUGGGCUCUCGGCACCCCAAGUGGGGGUUAAUGUGCAACUCAUGGUGUUUAAUCCAGAUGGUGAACGUGGUGAAGGAGAAGAGAUAGUUCUAGUAAAUCCACGUGUUAAUAGAUAUUCAAGAAAGUUGGUGCUUUACAACGAGGGUUGCUUGUCCUUUCCUGGGAUAUAUGCUGAUGUUGAGAGACCAGAUUCAUUGAAGGUUGAUGCACAGGACAUUCUUGGUGCCAGGUUUACGGUUAACUUGUCGGGGCUUCCUGCACGAGUAUUCCAGCAUGAAUACGAUCAUCUGCAGGGCAUUUUAUUCUUUGAUAAAAUGAGUGAUGAAGUCCUUGACAGCAUCCGUGAAGAUUUACAGGCCAUGGAGAAGAGAUACGAGGAGAAGACUGGCUUCCCAAGCCCUGAAAGAAUAGAUGCACGCCGGAGGAGGAAGGCAGCUGUUGGGUUUGGAAAGUCGUGA